AUGGAGCUAUAAUCUAAAAUAUAGAAUUUCUUUAUUCAAUAGCCCACGCUAACAAAUAUUAAUUUAUAUAAGUUUUUCACAAUACAAACAUUCGAAGGCUUCUUAAUAUCAAUAUGGAAAAAUUAUGGGAAUGAAAUUUCAUAAUUAUUAUUGUAUAUUUUUAAAGAAGAUGUAGAAUGUGAUAAAUAUGCUUUAUAUUUUUAAGGAUUGGUACAUAUUUCUUAGAAAAUGCAAUUUAAAUUAGAAAAAAAGAUUAUAAAUAAUAUUCAAAAGGUGGCGGUGAUUUAGAAGAAUAAUCAAUAAAGAGAGGGGCCGAUAGUAUGA